GAAUUAUUGAACAAAGAUGGAUCUGGCUGUACUCUCUCACAAACCGGAGGUGACAACGUGCGUUCCAGGGUGGAACGCACGCCGGAGCAUAUGGGGCGGACAUAUUUUAAAUUCCUGUUAUUCCUUUUUACAGAGACACGCCCACUGGCACGAUGUCCUGGACCCCAGCGCGUUACUGGCUUCUCACGCAGAAAUCCAGAAUUCAAAGUCCCUGCUGGAGUCUCUGGGAUCCAGAAAUGCAGAGAAGAAGGAUGACAAGGUAAUGAUGGCUGAGAAGCUUUGUGAGGCCUCUGUGCACCCGGACUCCGGCCACGUCCUCCCCAUAAUCUUCAGACCACCAGCGUAUGUAUUGCUGGGCGCACCGCUGGUGGUGGCGACGCUGGUUCCACAUGCGACUGUUGCAUCCGCCUUUGUUUUCCAGCUUCCCUUCCAGACGUACAAUGCCGGAUUCGCCCUGGCGAACGGGAACCGCUCCCAGAAGAAGUCCGAGCACCCGCUCUACACUUCUGCCGUCGUUCUCUACCUCGCCUGUCUGGGGGCAGCGCCCGUGCUCGCUAUGAAGAAACUGGGGGUCCGCAGUCCGUCUGGCCACAGCUUCUUUGGUAGAAUCCUCCCACCCCCGCUGUACGCGCUGCUCGGAGGACUGAGCGUUGUAUUGAUGAGGUUUCCUGAAGUGGAACAUGGGGUUCAGGUUGUGGAUCGAGAGGGAAACUUAGUCGGAGCUUCUCGGAACGCCGCACAAAAGGCCAUGAAGGAGACAGCGCUGUCCCGGUCGGCUCUGUUCGGAGUCACAACGUUGGUUCCUUCCCUACUGAGGCGUUCUCCCCAUAUGCUGAGGAGCCCUCGGGUGUUCUCCUUGCUCAAACAUCUGGCUGCUCUGGUCACCUUCGGGAUGAUGGUUCCUGUGUCCUUCGCCCUCUUCCCACAGAGAGGAUCGAUAAGACGAGACGAUCUGGAGGAAGAACUGAAGGAGAAGACAACAGAAGCUACACUGUUCUAUAACCGGGGCUUGUGAACAGGGAGGACUUGGAAAUUAAAGUGGCCCUG